AUGGGACUACCGAUCCUCACCCCCAUCCAGCAAAGCGUGAUGCCCGCGCGUUGCGCAGAGACCCAAGUGUUUCUGAACAGUCGCAUCGACCAUGAGACAUUCCACGACUGCGCGCGUGAGCCCAUCUCCUCUGAGCCUGGUUUCCCCCGGACGCUGUCGCGGAUAUCGAUCGUGAACCCAAUCGCGCCGACGCCGACGCCGACAGGGAUCUUCAUGGACAACCAGGCUGUCCUGAUCCCGGACAGCACUCGCCCAUCCCAUCUGUUCGUCGCAUCGCUGGUCGUCUCAUCGAGAUCGUCGGAGGGAGGCACGGUCGUCCAACGGCAGAUCAAGGCUACGCGCGUCGCGAUAGGGAACGCGGCACGACCAACACUAGCUACAUCUAACUCCCACCUCGAGCAUCACUCCAGGCUUCCACUGCAACGAGCCAGACACGACUUUGGAGUCCAACAGAAACGAGGGCAGCCGGGGCGUCUUACAGCAUGCUUCCCAGUCGGUAUCCCCGCCGACAUCAAGCCCGCGACUCCCGAUUCGCUCACCGCCCUCGUCGCGCCGCGAACGUCGGCGGUGCUGCCAGCACAUAGCGAGGCUCGCGCUGCGCGACUGCGCGCUGAUGCUGAUGAUCGCAUGCAUGCUCGCUAUUUCCUUGCCGAGGUCAGCCCGCCAUGCAUCACGCCCUCACGCCUACCGCUUUCGACCGCGCCCAUCCAUCCGCGGCCGCUACCCCCCAAAAAACGAACCUGCAACGCGAGGAAAUCGUGUCGCAGCGUGCGUAGUCGAACCCGAGCUAUGGAAUCUCGCGCGAUCAUCAUCCUCACCCUUUGA